GUGGGUGGCCCUCUCUUUGGUUGGCAGAUGUUAAUUAUAAGUUGUGUAAAAUUUCCACAAAUCUUGCUGUUGUGUCUUCAAGAUGAAAGCGCUUUUAUUCCUUCUAACUUGCUUUAUAGCAAACCUAGAAGUGAUAAUAGGCAGCGUUGAACCAGUGUGCAAAUUAAACUCCGGCGUCUAUUAUGGUCCGAAACUUCCAUCUUUGCCUACCGCAUUCGAAGCAAUAGUGGAAGCGAAUAUUGUGAAUAAGAACUAUUCGAGCUAUGCACAUGAGUGGUACGAUAGGGGCUCAAAUAGUGGAGUUAUUGGCUAUAUGUCUCAUGGACAUAAGCGAUUUCACAUCUACAAUUACAAUUACAACGAGAUGAUUUCCUAUGACGACGAAAACAACUGCACCGUGCAACAGAUCAGUACCAUGCGACACCACUCUGCCUUCGGCAAGAAUUCCACGAGAAUCGGAAGCACUGCUGAACUGUUUCACUUUGGAGCUCAAUUCAAUGAAACUUUCAUGGGAAAUACGACUAUCCGUGGAAUUAAAUGUUUCCACUGGCAAGCCUGCAUCAAUCAUGAAAAUUCUUCUUACACACUGGAUUAUUAUUUCUCAAUGCCUGAUUGGAAAAUGCCCACUCAGGGUAAUAACUCCAUGCAAGUUGUGCGGGCUGUAAUUCAAGGAAUAUCUGCACACCAUGUUAUUAACUCCAGUGAUCUAGUACACAAUUUCUCCCACAUUUAUGAUUUCUUCAUGUUCACUCCUGGUGUCCCAAAGGAAAGUGUUUUUCAAGUACCAAGAGGUGUGUUUUGCAAGGAUAUGCGUGAUCACAAACCUCUUCCAAAGCUGAAAUCAAUCUUUACCACCCUACUGGAAAUGCUGAAUGUUCAAAACAAGACAUCCUCUUAUGUAAAGGAAUUUUAUGACAUAAAUCGUAGAUUGACGGCAUAUGAGUAUACAGAUCAUAGUCAUCACCUUGGUCCUGCCCGGGUGGUCCAUGACUUCAACCAUGGGCUGAGAUACUUCAUGACCCAGACUAGUUGUAAAAUUUCACUGAUGAUGCCCAACAAUUCCAUGGAUGCUAAGUUAUCUGAUGACCAUCACCAUGUCCGCAUGAAGAUGAUGUCCGAAGUGAUCUAUGGUGGCAAUGUGACAAAUUUCAUUUAUGUUGGCUCUACAACAGAGCGAGGUGUUAACACAGACAUCUGGAGUUGGAAAAAGAUAGGGAGAUACUCACCUAAGCCAGUUACUUUGGAGACUUUCUUUUCUUCACCAUCUUGGAACAUGAGGGCUGGAUCACUGAGCUAUCAGACACAAGUGCCCAUGAGAGUUAACUACUACGGUGGUGACAAGCUAAGCUUCAUCAUAAAUUAUGCCAGCUUUGAUGCAGAGCCAGUUCCUCUAGAAAAAUUCAGCAUUGCCUCCUGCUUUGACAGCAACGAAAAGAAAUAUCUGGCAGUUAGGCUGAAAGUUGACUGGUCAAAGAUUGUCAGUGGCCAUGAGCCAGAGUUCUACAGUGGCGUAACAACAAGCAUCGCCUUUGCAGCAAAUGUCAGCUUUGUCAGAGUUGAAGGCCUCAAGGCAAAUGACUAUGGUGACUAUGUUGAACUUCCUUUCAUCUUGCUGGAGAAGCCAUCGACAGGGCUUUUCCCUCCAGGUUUCGAACCUCCAGUUCCAGAAAGCAACCUAAAAGAUGCAGAAGAAAAGCUUUAUGACAAUGUGAUGAUAGGAUUUAAUGUUGUAUGGACUGACUCAGACACCAAAAAGAAGCAUGCAUACACAUUAGAACGCUGGAUGGGAGGUGCUCCCACUCCUCCUGGUCCAGGCCCCAAACCAGAGAGAAAAAAGGGAGGAGUCCCCCCUGGUGCUGUUGCAGGCUUGGCCAUUCUGAUGCUUGCUAUUGGCAUCUGUGGGGGUCUUGCAGUUGCACACGUGAUCAUGAAACGCAGAGGAACCAGCCUGUUUAAUUACCAACGCCAGGAGUAAUUGUUUUUCACUGGUAAUAGCAGCCAAGCUAAUCUGCAUAGCAUACGUACAGCAAAAAUUUGUCUGUAUUCUCACCAUAGUGUACUACAUAUAAUUGUCAUCAUGCACAUAUUAACCAGGUUAUUCUUAUUCUAAUUGUCUUUAUCGUUAAAACAAUAUUAACACUUCCUGGAACCAUUAUCAUCUUUUCUGUAUUUCCUCAACAGUACGUUUAAUCCUUUCAAGCAUUAUACAAUCACCAAAAUUUCUAUUGUAAUGACUUUACAUGACAUGUAUUGGAAACAACAAUUUUUAUUGAUUGCAUAAUUCUGUAAACAACUGACAGCUGAACAGCUAAACUUAUAUUAUGAAGACCAGCUUAAGGAAAGUGGGGCACCACACUUCAUUAUCCCUCACUGAAGUGGUGACCAUUUGCCCCAUUCACUGGAUUUUUUUUUCUAAAGAAUUAUAGAAAUGUGUAGAAAUUUAAGAAAUGCACAUAUUGCCAUUUAAAGAAAAUUUGUGAUAGUGUGAAAAUUUUUUGUCUAAACAACUAAAGAAAUGUGUAGAAAUUGUAAAAAAUCACAUAUUGCCAUUUAUUUAAAGACAAAUUGGGAAGUUUAAUUGUAUUGUUUUUUUAUAAUAUUUCCACAGCACAAUAGAUAUUUACUUAAAAUAUCACAGAUAACCUAAGUUGAGAUAGAAUAUCAGUCUGCACUGCAGUAUAAAUUAAAAUAAUAGAAAAUAAUGUAUUCAUGGUUUAUCAAAAUAAACCUGAAUCUCAGUU